UGGAGGCCUCCGCCCGGCUCCGACUGAGGAUCCGAGCCUAGGACCGCCCCCCACCCCAUUCCCACCACCCCCACCCCAUCAGCUCGCCCUUCCUCCUCCUCCCUCCUCUCUCCCUCCCUCCGCGCCGGCGGCUGUGGGGACAGGCGGACUGACAGCUCAAGAAGGAGUGAGGCUACCGGCCUUCCCUUCCUCCCCCACUCUCAGCCCCCUCCCGUGGCCAUGAAAUCCCGGCGGGACAAGCUGAACAUCCCGGCCCUGACCUUGGAUUUGUCACCAAGUAGCCAGAGCCCGACCCUGCUGAGUCCUUGCAGCCCUGCUAGCCCCUGCAGCCCAUUACAGACCUUGCACCCCUGGAGCUGUCGCAGCGGCAACAGAAAAAGCCUGGUGGUGGGGACGCCCUCGCCCACCCUCUCCCGACCUCUGUCCCCGCUCUCGGUGCCCACAGCCGGCAGCAGCCCCUUGGACAGUCCCCGGAACUUCUCAGCCAGCACUGCUGUGAAUUUCCCCUUUGCACGCAGGGCUGAUGGCCGGAGAUGGUCACUCGCUUCCCUCCCCUCCUCUGGCUAUGGGACCAACACACCCAGCUCGACUGUUUCGUCCUCCUCAUCCUCCCGAGAACGGCUGCACCAGCUGCCAUACCAGCCAACGCCAGAUGAGCUCCACUUUCUUUCCAAGCACUUCCGCAGCUCGGAGAGCAUCGUGGACGAGGAUGGGGGCCGCCGCUCGCCCUGCAUGCGCCCUCGCUCCCGCAGCCUCAGCCCCGGGCGAACCUCAGGAGCUUUUGACAGCGACAUUGUCAUGAUGAAUCAUGUCUACAAGGAGCGAUUCCCCAAGGCCACCGCCCAAAUGGAGGAGCGGCUGCAGGACAUCAUCACCACCUUCUCCCCGUCCAAUACCCUGGCCCUGGCUGAUGGCGUGCUGAGCUUCAUUCACCACCAGAUAGUGGAGCUGGCCCGGGACUGCUUGGCCAAGGCUCGGGAAGACCUGGUCACCUCUCGCUACUUCUUGGAGCUUCAGGAAAAGCUGGAGAAGAUGCUGCAAGAUGCGCACGAACGCUCCGAGAGCCAGGAGGUCACCUUCAUCGGGCAGCUGGUGCGGAAGCUCUUGAUUGUCAUCUCACGCCCGGCCCGUCUCCUGGAGUGCCUGGAGUUUGAUCCUGAGGAGUUCUAUCACCUUCUGGAAGCCGCCGAAGGACACGCCCGGGUGGGUCAGGGCAUCAAGACGGACAUUCCUCGAUACAUCAUUGGCCAGUUAGGCCUUACCAAGGACCCCCUGGUGGAGAUGGUGCAGCUGGGUCCCCAGGACGCCGACGCCGGAGACCCCCCAGAGAACCGAUCUCUCACUGUCCCUUCCCGAAGGAAACCCUGCGAGAAUGACUUUGAGACCAUCAAACUGAUCAGCAACGGAGCUUAUGGGGCUGUGUAUCUGGUCAGGCAUCGGGAGACCCGCCAGCGCUUCGCUAUCAAAAAGAUCAACAAGCAGAAUCUAGUGCUCCGAAACCAGAUCCAGCAAGUGUUUGUGGAGAGGGACAUCCUCACCUUUGCUGAGAACCCUUUUGUCGUCAGUAUGUUCUGCUCCUUUGAAACCCGCAGGCACCUCUGCAUGGUCAUGGAAUAUGUGGAAGGUGGGGACUGCGCCACGCUGCUGAAGAACAUGGGCCCCCUCCCCGUGGACAUGGCCCGCAUGUACUUUGCGGAGACCGUCCUGGCCUUGGAGUACCUGCACAACUACGGCAUCGUGCACCGGGACCUCAAGCCGGACAACCUCCUGAUCACGUCCUUGGGCCACAUCAAGCUGACGGACUUCGGGCUGUCCAAGAUCGGACUGAUGAGCAUGACCACGAAUCUGUACGAGGGCCACAUCGAGAAGGACGCCCGGGAGUUUGUGGACAAGCAGGUCUGCGGGACCCCCGAGUACAUCGCACCUGAAGUGAUCUUCCGACAAGGCUACGGCAAGCCGGUGGAUUGGUGGGCCAUGGGCGUGAUCCUCUAUGAAUUUCUGGUGGGCUGCGUCCCGUUCUUCGGCGACACGCCCGAGGAGCUCUUCGGCCAGGUCAUCAGCGAUGACAUCAUCUGGCCGGACGGGGACGAGGCGCUGCCCGCGGAUGCUCAGGACCUGAUCACGAAGCUGCUGAAGCAGAGUCCCCUGGACCGACUUGGCACUGGUGGGGCCUAUGAGGUAAAGCAGCACCCCUUCUUCCACAACCUCGACUGGACGGGUCUCCUCCGGCAGAAGGCAGAAUUCAUCCCGCAGCUGGAGGCGGAAGAUGACACGAGCUACUUUGACACUCGUUCGGAGCGGUACCGGCACCUGGGCUCGGAGGACGACGAAACUAACGAUGAGGAAUCCUCUACGGAAAUCCCCCAGUUCUCUUCCUGCUCCCACCGGUUCAGUAAGGUUUAUAGCAGUUCUGAGUUCCUUGCUGUUCAGUCAAAUCUGACCUGUUCUGAGAGAAGCUACAGCGAGGACAAGGAAGAGCGAUUGGAGCGGUGGGACCGGGGCUCAGGGGAGGAGGAGAAGAGCCGCCCUUUGAGCACAGAAGUCAGGCUGAGAUCCUGGACGUCCUCGGGCUCCCUGCGGCACUCCUCCUCCUCGUCCUCCCAGCCGGAGCGAAGCCAGAGCCCCUCCGCCCUGAGCACCACCUACAGCCUGGACCCCAUGCCCAAGUUCGCCUUCUCCUCCGAGGACGAAGCCCCCAGCCAGGGCCCUUCCCAGCCAGAAAGGCCCAUUUUUGUGUUGGGGGAACCCGAGGAGCCGGUGAAGGAACCGGCCAAAGCGUCUGCCCUCACAGCCGACGGUUCCAGCCUCAGCCACAUCCGGCUCCGCAGUAACAGUACUGGGGCCAAGAACUCCACACCGCGGGGCCCGGAGGGCGGAUCGAGCCGGCGCCUCGGGGGCCAGAAGGAGACUCCCGAGAAGCAGAAGACGUCCCCCAGCGGGGGCCGGGUGCCCAAGUCGGCCUCCGUCUCGGCCCUCUCGCUGGUCAUCACUUCAGAUGACUGCAGUAGUGGGGCCCUCAUGAGUCCCAUCUCCCCUCAUUCUCUCUCCUCCAACCCCUCCUCUCGGGACUCCUCCCCGAGCCGAGACUCCUCCAUCAGUAUCACCAACCUGCGACCGCCCAUCAUCAUCCACAGCUCCGGGAAGAAGUUUGGCUUCAGCCUCAGGGCCAUCCGUGUCUACAUGGGCGACAGCGAUGUCUACACCGUGCACCACGUGGUCUGGAGUGUGGAGGAAGGCAGCCCUGCUCACGAAGCUGGGCUGAGGGCGGGAGACCUCAUCACACACAUCAACGGAGAGUCUGUGCUCGGACUGGUUCACAUGGAUGUCGUGGAGCUGCUGCUGAAGAGCAACAACAAGAUCUCCCUUAGAACCACGGCCCUGGAGAACACCUCCAUCAAGGUGGGCCCAGCCCGGAAACACAGCAACAAAGGCCGCAUGGCCCGGCGGAGCAAGAAGAGCCGGAAGCGGGAGAGUCAGGACAGGAGGAAGUCUCUUUUCAAAAAGAUCUCCAAGCAGUCCACAAUACUACACACGAGUCGGAGCUUCUCUUCUGGCCUCCAUCACUCGUUGUCCUCCAGCGAGAGCCUUCCCGGCUCCCCUACGCACAGUCUGUCCCCUGGACCAGCCACCCCUUGCCGCAGCCCCGCCCCUGACGCCCCACCAGGUACCGAUACCGCGUCCCCCCAGAGCACUUCGCCCUCCUCCAGCACCCCCACCUCCCCCGCGGGCCACAUCCGGCCCAGCUCUCUGCACGGGCUGGCGUCCAAGCUGGGGGCCCCGCGCUAUAAGGUGGGCCGCCGGAAGUCGACGAGCAGCAUCCCACCAUCUCCGCUGGCCUGCACGCCGUCCCCGGGCCCGCAGCCCCCCUCCCCGCAGAGGUCUCCAUCCCCUUUGCCAGGUUACCCCAAAAACCUGUACACCUUCCAGGGUAAGACCUUGUCCCCCCCGAUGAUCACCAGGCAGACGUCCCGGCCCCGGAGCGCCGAGACCCCCCGAUCCCCCCUCCUGAAGCGAGGGCAGUCUGCUGACAAAAUCGCCCCCUCCCUGGCGGAGAAGAAGCCGUUGGGGGGCCGUAAACUCACCCUGGAGAUGCCGGCGGGAGACGGGGACGGCCCGGAGGAGGCGUCCAGCCAGGCCUUCUCAGCGAGCCGGGGCAGAGACUGGGCCGGGGACCAGGAGGUGGUGGUCAUGAGGCGCCUGAACCUCUCCGAGCGCCGGGACUCGUUCAAAAAGCAGGAGGCCGUCCAGGAGGUGAGCUUCGACGAGCCCGAGCCCGCGGGCGCUGGGGACGAGGGCCCUGGCAGGCAGGAGGGCCAGGCGCGGGCGCGCGAGCAGAAGCCCCCGCCCGUGCCCCAGAUCGCCCUGGAGGGCCGGGUGCACGAGCCGGGCGCGGGCGAGUGGGAGUGCCAGGGCUCCUACCCGCCCCUGCAGCUGGUGGCCAAGGUCUACACCGAGCAGACGGACGGGACCAAGGCGGUCGAGUACAAGAGCCUCUCAUCGCAGCGGCGGAACAGCCGGGACCUGCGGGACUUGGGCUCGGGGCCGCAGCCCCCCAGGGUGGGCCGGGCCCUGCGGGGGCCCCUGCAGGCGGCCAAGUCCUUGCCCAUCCUCCAGCUCUCGGGAGGCCAGGAGCGGGCGGGACCUGACCCUCGCACUCCCCGGAGUCCGCGAGACGCCGGCCCCUCGCGGAGGAAGGACGGGGACCGGCGCUAGGAGCUGCCACCCAAGCCCGCCCCCAUCCCUCCCACCCGCAUCUGCCUGGAGCCGAGUCAGUGCAUGCGUCCUCGAGGCGGGGGCGGGAGAAAGGAAAGGCGCGAGCCUCGGACCCCGCCGCGGAGCAAGCCCAGGACAAGCAGUGUGGACUCGGACGCGACUUUUUCUACAAACUGGAAAGAAGUCUCCUUAUUUUUGUAGCGGGGGCCGUGGGUAGGAGAAGGCACUUUUGUAAAUAGCUGGGAGGCAGACCCCUACCAUUAAUUUAUUACUUUUGUAAGCUAAGCUGAGAUUGGAGCCCAGAGCUUCUGUGAAGGCACCUUGACCCGGCGUGGGGGAGGAAGGGGGGAGGGAGCCGCCUCCCCCGGGGUGAGGAGCCCACCUGCACCUCCCUCUGGCUGGGGGUUUUCUACUGGGGGAGGGGAGGGCUGGGGUUUAACUCGCGCUGUCCAGGGGUCUGGCUGCGGUCGGGAACGGGCCGAAUGCUGCCCAGCUGUGGGCGUGAGGGAGGGGGCUUUCUGCUCCAGGGCGGGCGGAAGGUCAUCUGGCCAGGGGUUCUCGAUCAGGCUGUGAUUCAGACAAGACAAGCCCCUCCUCUUCCCCCCACCCGUCUUCUCCUUUGGGAGAUGCCCCCCAGCCCCAGGCACAUGCACAUGCACAGAAAUGGCUACAGCUGCAAACUUCCCCUAAACAGUGUCAUGGGCUGGAGCUGCCCCUUCUCUGUCCAGUGACCUUAAAGAAGGAAGGACGCUCUCCCCGGCUUCCUUUCCACUUCACCCCCAAACAAACCUUGCAUGUUUACCAUAAGUCAGCACUUUGGGAGGAAAACAAGAGCCUCCGGGGAUACCUUCUGCCAAAACAGAAGUUCUCAUGGGAUGUUAGCAUCAGUGUGGUUUCCCUGGACAGUUUUAAAGUCAGGGCUGGGAGGGCCCUUAGAACCCGGGAGGUCAGGGCUGGGAGGGCCCUUAGAACCCAGGAGGUCAGGGCUGGGAGGGCCCUUAGAACCCGGGAGGUCAGGGCUGGGAGGGCCCUUAGAACCCGGGAGGUCAGGGCUGGGAGGGCCCUUAGAACACGGGAGGUCAGGGCUGGGAGGGCCCUUAGAACACGGGAGGUCAGGGCUGGGAGGGCCCUUAGAACACGGGAGGUCAGGGCUGGGAGGGCCCUUAGAACACGGGAGGUCAGGGCUGGGAGGGCCCUUAGAACACGAGAUGUCAGGGCUGGGAGGGCCCUUAGAACACGGGAUGUCAGGGCUGGGAGGGCCCUUAGAACAGGGAAUGGCAGAACCAAGGACUGAGAAUGUGAAGAGCCAGUCUAACUUGUCCGAGGUUAGUGACAGAGCCAGGACUAUGACCUGCCUGGAACCUCCAGCCCAGGGAUCUCUCUCUUCCCUCAGCGCCAUGCCAUUGCCAUCAGAUGCCAGCUGGGCAUUCCUCUGCAUUUUGUUUUUCUCUGGGUCCCCCUUGCAGGGAUUUUCUCCCUUUGCGUCUGGGGGGCAGAAGGCUUCUGCUUUGUCUCUGGUCUCAAAAGCCUGUUUCAGGAGUUCCAACCUGCGUUUCUGAGCUUCCAAACUGGUUGUGGAGAAGACAUGCAGCCAGCGGGCGGACGCCCAGGAACGGGCUCUGCCACGCUGUAAUUUAGCACAGUCUGACUUUGAGAUCCACGUCGCGGCCUCUUUGAUUCCCCUAGCAUUCCCUCACCGACAGGCUUCCCGUCUGGACUAGGGGGUACUUAAGGCUGCGAUGAGGUGGGCGGUGCUGUCUGUGGGACCGGCCAGGAAGGCCAGACUCCCCGGGAAGGGCAGGGCCGGAGCAGAGGCUCCAUCGCCAGGGAAGCUUCUCCUCCCGUGGGUCAGCCUGCAGCCACUGCUUUUCCCAUCAUCCCGGUCCAGCCAGAGACAAGGCUAGCCCUUUGUUCCGUGAAUGAUAUCAUUACUUCCACUCCAGCAGGGAGGGACCCUCCAAACUUCAGCCAAAAACAGAUGGAACUUCCCAUCCCGGACGUUAGAUUAUGGAUUAGCUCUUUGGGGUGUUGUUCCUAAAUUGUGCAAGGCUUUGUCUGCAGUGCCUAAAGGGUCUGAAAUUCCUUGAUCUGGUUGACUUGGGAACGUAGAAUGUUAGAGAGAAAAUCAAGAUGACCUAAGUCCCUGCUGGCUGUGUGACCUCAAUUUUCUUAUCUGAGGAAUGGGCUUGAUGGAUACUUUAUUUUCCUGUGAUAAUUGGGGUCAAGUGACCUACCCAGAGUCACACAGCCAGGAAGCGUUAAGUGUCUGAGAUCCGAUUUGAACUUGGGUCCUUCUGACUUCAGGGCUGAUGCUCCUGAUGGAUCCUUAAGACCUUUCCAGCUCUCAGUUUAUGCUCCUACUCUCCUCUGUGCAGGUAGCCCCUCCAUCAGUAUCAGUAAUGGCCAGUCUGUUGUGAGUGACAAAAUGGGUCAUCUUAUGGCCAACUUUAAGGUGAUGACAGACCCAGAGUGGGCCCCACUACACACCCCUUAGCCUCUUAGAACCUGCAGAGCCCAGAGGCAUUGAACAGAGCUUCCCUGGGGGAGAAACCGACCAGUUUAAACCUCUUGGUUCCAAAAGGAGCAACUUGAUGUUUAAAAAUGCCUCUUUAUAGAAUAGAUCCAUAGGCAUUUAUUAAGCACUUAUUGUGUACCUUGAGCUCAUAGCCCCUGUCCUCUGAGAGCUUACAUUCUUCUAAAGAAAACUCAGGUUUUUGGAGGAGCUCAUGACCUGAAGCCCAAUUACUGGAAAUUUUCAGGGGGCUAAGGUUAGAUGUAACCAUUUAUAAAUAACCCCGUCAUAUAUUUUUAUCUUUUAAAAAUAUUUUUUUCUAUUCAUUUACCCUUAGCCCCUGUUUAACCUUGAGAACAUGCAUUCUGCCUUCUUUAAUUAUCUCCUGUUCUUUUACAUUUGGACAAUGCUUUAAAAUUGUGUGAUCUCUUAUCUGUGUUCUCCACAGCAGGAGAAUAGAUGGAACAAGGUUCCCCAUUUCCCUUCCAAUUUGACAUUUUACUUCCCCAGAUGUAAAGCAUCAAUGGGAGUUUCCCUUGGGAUCCUUAGUGGACACUGUCCAAGGUGUUGGAGCCAAGUCUCCUCCUGCUUCCCCAGGAGAAUCCUCCAACCCCAGUCAGUCCCGCGGCCCGUGGUUUCCCCGGUAGCUGGGACUGGAAGAGCAGAAGCUCUGCUGAUACAGCCGGUCUCCGUGGGCCCACGAGGACCCCUUGCUUCCCUGAAUGGUCACCCCCGUUUUAUCUUGCACGUCGUUCCCAAAUAUUGACCGGUGGUUUCAUGGUUGGCUCCCCCCUUGGGUUCUGUCUCUGGUAAUGGCCAUCCCCCCGUUGCUGUUCCUCCUACUCUAGUUCCUGGUGCAGAGUGGAAGUUGGAUAAGAGAAAAAUAGUGACCUGGAGAGAGCUUUGCUAAUGAGUGUUGCAUGAGGUCUUAAGUCAACUCAGGAAUCAUUUCUUAAACCAUUAUUAAACACUCGCGGAGCAACUCUGACUCUGGGUCAGAGACGAGCAUGAAAGGCAGUCAUUUCCCUCCUCGGGCCUCCAAGCCAGGAUUUCUCCCGACCCUUUCAGUCAUCCUUGGCGCCUUCUCAGAAUCAUGUUUCCAAAUAAGUGAAGAAGAUCAGGCAGCGCAGUGGAGAGCGCCGUGGUCCUGCAGGCAGGAGGACCCGAGUCCAAAUGGGCCCUCAGACUUUGACUGUGUGGCCCUGGAAAAAAUUGAAGAAAAUGUCAGGUUUCCAUGAAAAGUUAGUGAAAAUAAAGACGUCAUUCUGUCCCCAUCCAUUUUGUAGACUCCUUAAUAGCUAUCCACAGACUUGGAGGCAGGGUAGGGGUAUCUGUGGGCCCGAGUUUAAGAACUGCUUCAGAGCCAGUUCUGCUACCGUCCUCCACGGGACAUUUGGCCAGUCACUCUUCACGAGCUGUAAAUUUCCAGCCCCAUCACCCAAAGGGGCUGGAUUAGCUCAGUGCCCUUAACCUCUUGUGUGUGUCCUGAAUCGUGUUUUUAAAUGUCUAAAACAAGAAUGAAAAUGAUGAUUUGAGGUAACUAUCAAAAAGCUAAAUUUUUAAGUAUUCACUGAUGAUAGGUUAAGAACUCCCUAUUUAAGUGAUGUCUUGCUGAAUCGCCUUCCCGUUGGAGGCAGCUAAAUGACCUGGUGGAUGAAGGGGCUGCACCUGGAGUCAGGGAGAACCAAGUUCAAAUCUCCCCUGCCUCAGUUUCCUUCUCUGUAAAACGGCACCUACCUCAGAGGGUUGUUGUGAGGAUCCCAUGAGAUAUCUGUAAAGUGCAGUGCCUGGUACGUAGUAGGUGUUCUGUAAAUGUUUAUGCCCUUCCCUUCUCCCCAAAGGGAGACAGCCCCUUUAGAGUCCAUCUGCCAAUAAUAUCAUGCUGUCUGCCAUAGGUUUUUGAGUUACAAAAUGGCAGAUCUGAAAGGCUCUUGGAACUUGCAUAGAACAGAAGGAACCUUAGAAUGUUAAAGCUGAGAAAGCAAGGUCAGAGGUGGGAGGAAUCUUAAAAAGGAUUCUCCGAGCUGAAAAGGGAUUUGAAAACAGUGUUAGAUUCGGAGGCGUUCCUUCUUCAGAGGGGGCUUCAGCAGACUUCUGGAGUUUAAUUUAAUUCAUGAGGAUCAGGGAGCUUAUAGUCCAAUUGAUCCAUUUUACAGGAGGCUUGUCCGAGGUCACACCUUGGCGGUCAUUGCAAAAUCAGGACUGGUCCUGUCUCCCUAAUCAUUCAGACAUCCUUCAUUUUUUAAAUUGUUUUAAUGUGUUUUUUUUUUUCUGGUUAUACAUGUAUUUAAAUACAUGUUUCAUUAUGAAGCACUUUGGGAAGAAAAAAAUCAAGAGUUAAAAAAUCAUAAAAGAAAAAAGAAGUGAACAUAGCAUGUGUACAUUGCAGAUAUUAAAAGAAAAAUAACUCACCUGGCUUUUCUGGGACCAGACAAAAGUGAAAGCAGCAGAAGCAAGGACAGAAAUCCCUUAUCCAACAUCCUUGGGCUUAGAUUUGGGGCAAGAUAACAAUUUCCAAAACCGAAAAAUGUGGGUAUAUACAUUGGCAGCUUCAGGACCAUCUGUGAUACAGAUUUAUGUUAAAGCCGGGAAGAGUGUCGUGUACUUGUGAUCCCUGCUCCCCGGGAGGCUCCAGCUGGUGGAUUUUGUGAGCUCAGGGUUCUGAGCUGCAGCCGGCUAAGUUAUCAGUUGAGGGAGCUUGUGGGAGUAAGGAGCCACCGGGCCACCUAAGGAGUUAAAAACAGCAGGUUGCUGAUGCCCCUCUGCUCAUCAAUUUGGGGAUCAAGCUUCUAAGUGGAGAUUCCUCUGAACUCGGGCACAAAAAAAAAAAGUGUAUGUUGAAGGACUUUGACUUUACAGGGACAUUCCAGGACUAGUUUAGUGCAUAAACCCAUGGAUCUAAUUUCUCUUGCGUUUCCUUUAAAACAGGAAAUAGCCAUUUUAAAUUUUUUUUUUUCUCUUUUGAAGCCAGGUGGUUGCAUCCUUUAAGGCUUAAUAGCUUAGCCAGAAGUCUGAUCUUGGAUUCUUCUAGGUCUUAGAUGUUCAGCAAAACAGUUAUCGUGGUAGAAAUUGGAACCACUCCAUCCAGCAGGGAAGAAAACCUUUCAUUGUGACCUGUGUGAACUUAAGUUGUGUGACAACAGCGUCGUCUUCCUCUUGUAGAGAACCCCAAGAGCUCGCCCACAGAAUUCCCACAGGGUCCCAGCUGACUUCCCGAAGCUUGUUCGCCGACCUAUAGAACUAAAUCUGGCAGGAAUACUCAGGGUAUUGAGCAAGGCAGAUUUAUUUAGGUAGCACUCCGGCCCCUUCUGACCUGCAGCAUGUGUACAGUUAGUGGGACAUCCGUUGGUCAGAGUUCCUGUAGUCCUGACUGGGAGUAUUUAGGAAAUUGUUUGGCCAAAUGAUCCAUCUGUAGCCGGAAGGAGUCUGGGUAGCCGUGGUUAGCCAGUAAGUGACAAGAAGUAGAAGUUAUUCCAAACCUCUGGUUUUACAGAAGGGUACACUGAGGUCUGGAAGAAAAGGGAUUUGCCCAAGUUCACAAGCACAAGAGCUUGGGCUAAGAAAGCAAAUUUCUGGGUGACCAGUUUCCCAUUCCCCCCCUUCCUUAUUCUUCUAUUAAAUCUGGAGAGGAAGUAGGAAUGAUCAGAUGAGGAAAUUCUGCCCUAAAUUCUAGAGGGAAUAAUUAAGAAAUCUAGGAAAUGUUCACAUGUCUAUGGGAAUUUUUACAUUUUUUUUCCAGCCCUUUCCCUACCUCUAUCCCCCCAGAGUUGGAAUACAUAGAGAAAUGUCUGGACCAACUUCUUGUUUGUCUUUUGGGAAACAUUUCGUAGAAUUACGGCUUGUAAUGGAAAAUUCAGCAGCGAGGGAAUGUCGCUGCCAUGGCCUAAGCCUUCUGCUUCCUCCUGUGGUUUGAAAGACAAGAAUUAGCUGUAUCUGCUUGCCUCCCCCCUAAUAGCUCAAGUGCUGUUUCCCACACCCCUUUACCCAGGGGGGGCCUUCUGCUGCCAGGGUUCUGGGUAAGUUGGUGAGCUUCGAACCUCCCUGACCCCUCUUGUGAUGGUAGUUUUGUAUGAACUUGGAGCUGCUCCUUCCUGUUCCCCUUGUUUUCUAUGCCAUCAAUGUUUACAUUUUGGUAUGCAUGUGUGCGAUUUCUGGGGUUAAGCUCCUGCCUCGGUUGUGCUGAGAAUCCCAGGGACCAGGCCUUUUACAUGUUGAAUUUCUAGAUCUCCUGUACAGUUUAUUGCUGCUGAUGAACGUCGUUAUCAUGUUGCCAGCCUAUGUCAAGUGUGAUUUUUUUUUUAAUGUGACCAAAGCCUUUGGGUAGUUCCCCCCAUUUGCCUUCCCUACCACCCCAGGCUUCUAGGUCUGUUGGGCCUGGUUACUUUGCUCAUUGCCCUGAGGUCUCCUCUCCCUGUCACCCGAAAAUGGGCUUUCCUCUGCAAAGAAGUCAGAAGCCACCCUACCCUUGCCAUCACUAGCUGGCCACAGUGCAUGACUUGUUCCCCCAACUCCAUUUGCAGAAGCCUGGGAACAUUAUCUGGGUUUUCAAUUGAAUUAAAAAAAAAAAUUAAGACCAAAAAGAAAA